AUGCAGACAUCGCAGUCCCUUCACACAGCGCCAGCGGAGGCAGAGGUGGAGGCCCCGCCGCAGCUGCCACUGUCGGAUGGGCGCUGCUACGCCUGCCGCCGGUGCCGUCGCAUCUUGUCAGAGGUGCAGUGGUACGCGACGGGUUGCGUGGAGUGCAGCGCAACGAUGGGCGUCCCGGACCGCGACAGUCUCCUCGACUUUGCAACCCCACACUUUCACAACUUUAUCGGCCUGAUUGCGCCAGGGCAGUCGUGGGUCGCGCGUCUAAUCAUGAAGAGCCGCGAGGCGACGAACGGCAUCUUCGCCGAGACGCUGUCUGACGAUGAGGUGGAGGACGAGGAGGAUGAGAUGGAGCCCUACGUGAGGGGCGCGGACGAGGAGGAAGGGGCAGCCUUGCUGGAUAGAGAGGGCGGCACUGCCGAGCCCGUGAACGAGCUCGCUGCAGAGGCUCCAGAGUAA